AUGAGUGAGAUCCAACGGUUGGCUGACCAGGCAGAGGAGACGCUUCAUGAGGCCCAAGAGCUUUGCAAGCAGGCUCAAACACAUCUUGAUUCUACCGGAGAAGUGUUGAGGAGGCAAUUUCCGUCAAAACUUGAGAUAGCGAUCACAGCUCAACGUACCUUACAACGACAGCAACGACUAUUGACCACAAUCGUUGACGGCAUUGAGGACAAAGCUAAAGUGACCCGUUCGAAAUUCACUGAAGAGUAUGACAAAUUGGUGGAGCCGGCACUCACCAAACUCAAUUUGAUAUACGCUACCCUCAAGGAAACACCCGUUCCAAAAGACUUGAUCAGUGCUGAGAUUGCAAACACACCAGAGUUUAGUGCAGAGGAUUACAAGAACCUAGCGGAUUUCAUUUCAGUGGACGCUAUCAUGCUUUUGAAAGAGAACAUCGGCAUUUAUAAACAGAAUGCAAGUUCGCUUAUUGAUUAUCUUGAUCGGGAGGUUCUCGUGGCAACGGACGAACUUAAGCGGGUAAAGAAAGACUUUAUUCGUCUAGCUAAACAUUUGGAAAAGUUAAAUCUUUUAGCGCACGAGUGGGGUAGCAACACCAACAAGUAUACUCAACUUCUCGAAGAAAAUUCCUCGUUAGAACACAAACUCCUGCUGUUGCUCAGUAUGCUCACCAAUCACUUCGACCAGUGUGCUCAAGCCGUACAUGAUCGCGACACUAAUGAAGCCGAUAUGGCGAUUUUGCGUCAGGACGCAUUUGAACUUCCUGAGGUUUUAACGGAGGUCAGACAGAUGGUUACAAUUAUUUCGACGAAUCACGAUCGAGCGACGAAAUCAGGAGAAAGCAACUUGAGUUUUGUUGACGACUUGAUUCAGGGAAUCAACGCCAACCUCCAACAAUGUCGCCAAAUCAAAGUCUCAAUCAUUAAAUUAGCUGCCAUUUUCAAAGCGGUUGAAACUAGACUAUCUAAUACUAGUCUAGACAGAGAGGGGAUAACCAUCUCCCCGCUACAACAAUAUGCUGAUGUGAUAUCGCAACUCGAGUAUUACUACACCAAUUUCUACAAUAUCUACAAGACGAAGUACUUUGUUGAGCUUUACCGUGAAAAGUACCAAUAUCCCAGAGCAUUUCUUGACAAGAUCUCGCGUUUCCUUAACGAGGACUUGCACCAAAUGCAUGAGGAGGAGAUACAGCGGCGGAAACAAUGGGUGGCUCAGUAUGGAGAGUUUAUUCCGAGGGAACUUACCUUGCCGGGAGAAGUUCACAUUCCAGUAGUAUCACAGGUGAUAACUGAAUGUCUCGAUGACGUUGCCAAUGAGAUGAAGGGCGGGAAGCUCCAGGAAACGGAACAGGAGCGGCGCCUUUUGGAGUUUAUAAAAAGCAUGCAAACAUGA